GGAGGGAGGGGGGGGCGGGGGCGCCUUCCGACUGAAGCAUCUUGCCCGUGCGCGUCUCGUGUGUCACAGAAAACCCCCCCUUUAGCAUGUCGGCGGUCUUCUCCUUCCAGACGCAGCUCGUCUCCAUCAUGGACGCGCUGUCCAAGACAGCCGUGAUGGAAAUAGGCAAACUGGUGGAGAUCGAGUCGAAGAUGCUGAAAAUAGAGAUAACUCGCGGGCGGAACGAGAUCGCCUCGCUCACGGAGAAACUGCAGCUGAUGGAGAAAUUGCUUUACAUCGCGCAGGGGGGCAGACGGGACGCAGCGGCGGCAGCUUGCUCAGUGGUAAGGGACGGUUCAGGAAACAGAAUAGUGGAGCCUGACAGGACAAGACCUGCCAUUAAAAGCGAGAGCUCAUGGGAGAGCAUAAGUUCCUCCGCUGAGAUGGGCAGUUUGCAUCAAGGUGAAGAGCGAGCUGCGGCUGAACUUCCAAACCCACUGAAAGAGCAGCCUGACCUUAUUGUGGUGAAGGAGGAGCCAUCCGAGGUGGACACCGGAGACAAUGAACAAGAUAGGACAAGUGAAAACAGGAGGGAAGCGGCAACUGACCCUCAGAAGAGUUCAGAGGUGAUGCAGCCUCCCAAACCCAUCGCAGAACGUCAGCAGCCCAUGUUCACCGACGGCUUUGUGACCCUGAGCGCCCAGUCGUCUCUCGCUGGGCCAGGGAGGAGAGAAACACAGUGGAAUCCGCAGCUCGCACCUGCACACACAAACCCAGAGGCUGGGAAAAGCAUUGCUCAAUAUGUUGCCUCCCAAAGCUUAAGUGUGCUCAGAAAUAUGAAGCUUCACAACUUGAGGAACUCGGCCGCAAAGAGGUUUGGCUGCUUGCAGUGCGGCAAGAGCUUCAGGUGUUUCAGUCAGCUUGAAAUACACCAGAGGAGUCACACAGGAGAGAAACCUUUCAGGUGCACGCUGUGCGGAAAGAGAUACGCACAAAAAGGGCAUCUGUAUACACACCAGCGCACACACACUGGGGAGAAGCCAUAUCGCUGUCCUAUUUGUGGAAAGGGCUUUAUUCAGAAAUGCACUCUUGAUAUGCAUCAGCGUACACACACCGGAGAAAAACCUUUUGUUUGUAUCAAAUGUGGCAAGGGUUUCACAAAGAACUGCAAUCUGAAAAAACACCUCGCAGUACAUUUAGACCCUAUUGUGAACAUGUAUGGUGGUGAUUCUGGUGCACCAACAUUCAGCGGGACAUUCAUCAACGGAACGUGCUCCUCGUCAAUGUCGGCACGCGAGGAUAGAGGUUUCCCACAAUCCCUUGCGACACAGCUAUACCUCAUAUUUGAUAAAGGAGCAACGUUGCUUCGCCGGGAGUUUUGCCGAAAUUUCGUAAUAUUCAGCCUCCCUGUCGAAAUGAUGUGCGACACCACAAACCAGAGUUUUCGGACGCAGUUAGCCGCUAUCCUGGACAAACUAACGAAGGCGGCUUUGGUUGAAAUAGGCAACCUGGCUGAUGAGUGUUCCUCCGUCCUUCACACAGAGAUAUCCCUGCAGAAGACGGAGAACGAGGCGCUGAAGAAGCGGUGUUACUCACUGGAGGUCCAGCUGAGAGCUGCGAGGGAGGCACAGACCUAUCCCGCACAUGUCAACAGUGGCAGCCGCCGGCACCCCGCAGAACAGCAGCAUCUUGCUCCAGCCAUCGAUGGAGUUUUUGGAAAGGACUGGUGUAUGGACCUUUGGAGAGAAGAGAAACUCCCCUCUCAUGGAAAAGAAACAAUGGAUCCUGCUGCUAUGACAAGCAUGGGCGUACCGGCCAUAGACUUGAUGGAGAGAGAACCUGAUCUCAUCUUUGUCAAGGAGGAGGCAUAUGAUGAUCAUCCCAUUGGCCAGCAGAUGACUUUCACAGAUAACAGAAAAAUUGUUGGAAUUUAUGAGGAGGACAGAAUGCUUCAUAGAUCUGUUGAUGAGCUGCAGCUUCACUCAGGGGAAUUAAACAACUUCCCCAUGACGGCUGACAGUCAAACACCACAACGCACACAGCCGACAAUUAUGGACAAGUUAAUAGACGAUGCAACAAUGAGCACUCUUGUUGACAAUACAAAUCUUCCUUCAGCCACCGCCGAAUACUCUGACUAUACAAACGAUAUCCACAUGAAUACAACCAAAGAACUCACUAUUCUUCCAAAGCCUGUGAAGCCAACAAAACGGUUUGAGUGCUUAUUCUGUGGGAAGAUAUUCAACUAUUUGAGCAGUUUAAAAGUCCACAUCAGGCGACACUCCGGUGAGAAGCCGUUCAGCUGCACAGUUUGCGGGAAGCGGUUUGCUCAGAAAACGUACCUGAAACUGCACCAGCGUGUGCACUCGGGGGAGAAGCCGUACAGCUGUCCAGACUGUGGCAAAAGUUUUUCCCAGAAAAGCUCUCUGAACAUACAUCUUCGCACACACACUGGUGAAAAGCCUUAUAGCUGUAUGGAUUGUGGGAAAUGUUAUGCAUACAAGUAUGGUUUAACUCACCACCAGUGUUUCACUUGACUAGUCACCCAACCACAUGGAGAACUGGGUUAUUGGUAAGAAGUCUAACUGUAACUAGAAGUGCUUUCUCUGUUGAGUAGCUCAACAUGUACCAAUAUGUCUUUAGGGAGCUCAGAUUUGGAUGAAAAUGUAGAUUUGAAAUACCCCUUCUAAAACAAAGAAAAGCACAUUUAUAGCCCAUACGGUUAACAGUGUUGCUGUAAAACCUUAGCUUCAUUGGUGUUUGUUUUUUUUUAUUUUUUUUUUAGUUUUAUUUUCAGGAAAAAUGCUGAGGGUGCAGAGAAUAUCUGUCCCUUUCUUGCGUACCAUUUGAUUGGGUGGGAUUCCAUUUACUUGACUGGUCAGGGGGGUCGUUGCCAAAAUAUUAGGUUUCCCUCAGCAAGCCUUUGAAGUCAGUUUUACCUUACACUUAAUAAGGAAAGCGUCAUAGAUGAGAUGAGACAUUCACUGAUUCAAACUAUGACAAAAAAUAUUUUCCGUUUUAUUCAUGCUUGGUGU